UAUUUACAAGGAAAAAAAAAGGGUAACGGCGUUCUCUAUCUCCACGCCACUGUAUAUAAAGCUGCAAUCGCAAACAAGAAGGCUCCUGCUUCUUCCCCCCGAGCACCUGAGAAAGAUAAAAUUAGGUUUUUUUGGCGAUCGAUUUCGAUCGAUGGCGAAAAGACUAUUCGCGGUGCUCGAGUGCCAAUCAUUACUAGAGAACCUAUCUCCCUUCGUGGAUCCCAAACGCCCAAAGAACUUCCCCGACGGCGAGAGUCCAACAUGUCUAUCUCCGAACUCGGUGAUCGGGUUCCCGGAAUUGACCGAAGAGCCGAAAAGCGACUCGGAUCGGAGCGUUCUGUGCAGGCUCUGCGUUCGGUUACCGGACGGGAGAAAAGUGCAGAGGAACUUCCUCAGAUCAGAGUCUGUUCAGCUUCUCUGGUCGUUUUGCUACUCGUUGAUGGAUGAAUCGGAGAGGAGGGAGAGGUCUUUCAAGCUGAUUGAGGCGGUUCCCGGGGAGUACAGGAGUCUUUAUUACGGAUCUGAGACGAGUUUUGAAGACUCUGGGCUUGCUAACUCGUUGAUCUCUGUGAUUUGGGUGUGAAUAAGUUAAUUACUUUUGAUUAUCUGGUUUUUAGUUUCUCUAUGAUUUGAACAGUUUAUAGGGUUAAGUAUUUGAUCAAAUCGUCUUCGCAUAACAUUGGUUACAAGUCAAUUUCAUUUUUAAAAGUCUAUCUUCUCCUUUAAGAUAUCUUUCUUGUCUUUGUUUUACUGCUAUCUUGACGUUCGGAUCAGUCUCUUGCUCUUUAUCGCAGUCUCCCACAAUAUCAUGCCUUCUCUCGCAUGAAGCUCUUAUUUGGAUUAAAAGUGUUGCUUUACAAAUGAUUUGCUCUCAGUACACUUUAAAGGCUCAGCGUUUCCGGACUAGUUGUGGCACCGAUCACGGAUUGUGUUCUUUGUUAUCCAAGGUGUCAUUGCUUAGCCUUUAAUGUAAUUGAGAUGUAAGGCCGUCUUGGCAUUAUUGUUUAUAUCUUCGGUUUUAUGUU